AUGGCUGUCAAGACCACUGAUGGAUACGAAUGGACUCCAACGUCCACCACAGUUUCCAAAGGCUUGGAUUGCGAUGCUGUCGUCCAACCACCUAGACGAACUGACAUCUCCUUCAACCGUCUGCACGAUGUUAUUGUCAUCGGCGCAGGAUACGCCGGCCUUGCUGCGGCCAGAGACCUCGCAACUAAGGGCAAGUUUGGCGUUGAAGCAAUUAUGGAAUUCAAGAAGGCUAACUCAAGACCUCUAGGCUUUCUCUACGAAAUGGGAGGCACAUGGGUAACCCACCACAUGGGCUAUCUCCUGAGAGAAAUGGUCCGAUACAACAUGGAUCGCGACCUCAUAGAGACUGGCGCCGAGCCGAGAAAACUCACUCAGGAAGAAGCCGGCGCGAUGACAUCCCGCGCCUGGGACAUCUUCGUCAACGUCGAUGGCCAAUACUGCCGUACAAUCUGCCCUCUACCGCACGCCCAACUUAACAACAUCGUCGUAGACCGAGCGAUGGUCGAAAAGUGGGACAGGUUAUCUUGCCAGGACCGCUUCGAACAGAUCAAAGACCAAUUCAACGCGGAGGAACGAGGACUAUUGGUCUCCCUCCUUCUCCACAUCUCUGGAGGCGACAUGGAGACCAGUAGUUUCUGGGACAUGGCGCGCUCCCACGCCCUCAUGACGCACGAUUCCAAGAACUUCGGUGACAUCUGGCUUCGUUACAAGCUCAAGGGUGGCCAGACAGCCCUCGCUAGGAGUAUCUUCCAGGAGGCUCUGGACUACGGGCUGAACUACGCUUUCUCAACCCCAGUCCGAUCAAUCAUCCAGCGAAGUGAUGGCAUUCUGGUUCACAGUUUGGUAGGCGAGACUUUUAGAGCGCGCAAGAUCGUUUGUACCGUUCCUCUGAACGUGUUGAAAGACGUGAAUUUCACCCCUCCGCUCUCAACGGUCCGUCAGGAGGCCAUUGAUUUGGGACACGUCAACCAAAUGUCAAAAAUACACGUUGAUGUCAGUAACCCUACUCUCGAGGGAUGGAAUGGUAUGCGAUACCCUGGAGCUUUAAUGUACGGAUAUAGCGACGGUGUGCUUCCCAACGGGAACGUUCAUAUUGUCGGCUUUGGGAAGGACGAAAAAGGAGCAUUCGUUCCGGAGCAGAACCCUCAAUCAGCUGUUGAAGCCUUCCAACAGCUUCAUCCGAUGAGUGUUCAGAGAAUGAUCUUCCAUAACUGGAGCACUGAUCCCUACUCGAAGGGCGGGCCGGCUUGGUGGAGGCCGGGUUAUAUGUCCAAAUAUCAGGAUGAGCUUCAGAGUAGACAUGGUGAUGUGUUCUUUGCCAACGGCGACUGGGCUCACGGGUGGCGAGCUUCGAUCGAUGGUGCUCUGGAGCAGGGUAUUACAAAUGCGCAGCAAAUUGCCAUGGAGCUCAGACAUGUCGGGAACGUUCUGCAGUCACGGCUCUGA